AUGUAUCGCUAUAUCUCCGAAUUUGAUCUUGAUAUAACAGAUCUUAUAGGUGAAUCCGAUAAGGAGGAAGAGCCUACCGCCGAAGAGAGACAUGAUAAUAAAGAGGAUGAGGAUGAAGACGAAGAUAAAGACGAAGAUGAAGACGAAGAUAAAGAUGAAGCUGAAGGUGAAGAUGAGAGUGAAGAUAAGAUAUAUAAGCGAGCUCUGGGAAAGAGACGAAAGAGUGUGGAUUCCUAUGGAGAAGAAGAUAAGACUGAACCUUAA